AUGAGUCUUCCCACUUCUCGUUUGAGUUCGCUAUAUCGGGAUUUCAGACCGUCAAAGGAGUUAAAUCCUGAUGGAUACUUGGCGAAUAUUACAACCUGGAAGAGCUAUUUGAUAGAACAGUUUUUAGAGCGAGAGAACAAUUUAGUUUUUCAUUGUGGAACGGAUUUUGUGAGAAAGCUGAAUCGAGAACCAUACGGGGUACCCCAAAGUAUUGAUGUUGUGAUAAAUGCACUUGUCAGAGAGGGAUAUUUAGUAACAGUUGAGGACUUUAAAAGCGGAUCAAUGUACCCCAAUGAAGGUUCAGCGAUAUUACGAUGGUUGAAGGUUGGCUGGUCGAGUCGGAACAGGUUCGACUGUAGACAGAAUGAGGACUCAAUCAAUUAUUUGAAGGAGGUAGAUUUAUUGAUUAGACCAAUGAUGGAGCGCAAAUCGAAAGACAUUGAUCUGAGACUCAAGAAAGGAGUCCUAUUCCAUGCAACUGGUGUUGCAGAUUUAAUAUACCCUGAAAAUGAGUUUUUUGAGCACGCAGGCUUCAGCACAUACAUGGAAAAGGACGAUGGAAAUUAUGAGAUAAUGAUGACUUACUUAAGCCUUUACCAAAAUAUUAUCAUCCGGCAAAAUAAUAUCGUAAAGAUUGUGGCAGAAUCAAUGCCUUUAAAAUUAAGAAGCUCGUCAAAGUUGCUUACCGAGGACGACCUCAGAGUCGCUUCCUUGAAGACAAGCCUAACAAAUGUAGAGAGGCAAAUUCACAAAGUCGAGGACGAGAUUGCCCAAUCUUCACGUAUGCUCGAGAAGUCUUUACGAAAUAAGUCACCGAAGGAACUUCAGAAAGAGUACCUGCUGGCAAAGAAAUUAUCUCAGAAGUACCUUACAAGGUUACUUAAUUAUCGAAACAACUUGAGGACAAUUAAAGGCGAAAUCAAUAUGGCAUCCACAAAUGAAAUGAUUGUCAGAUCAUUGGAUGAUUCGAAAGAACUACUAAAAUCCAUUAAUGAGUCCGUUGGCUCUUUUGAUAGAUUGCAUGACCUAAUGGAUGAAAUCAAAGAACAAAAGGAUAAGACGGAAGAAAUCAACAAAUUACUGACUGUUGAUGAAGCUGGUUCUCAUUAUGAUGAAGAAAUCGAGAUUGAACUGCAAAAGAUGAUCAAAAGACAGGAUUCCGGAAUCGAGUCUGAAAUAUCAGACGAGAAUAAAAGCGAUCUUUUGGAUAAGUUAAGCCAUCUGGAAAUAACGAAAAAUAAAGGUCAAGACAAGAAUAGUACAACACCUAAGAAAGCGGUAUCGAACAGAAAUUCCAAUGCAAGGCAGCCAGAGAGGCUGCCUAUUGCAGAUCCUUAA